GACCCACCUACCGUUCGAUCUCUCUCUUUAUAUAUACACAAUCAAUCACACACACCCUCAUCGAAUCGAAUCACUACCAAUACAAAUCUUUUGAUUUCUCAACAUUUUAUAACAAUGGCGGACGAAGUUAUCCUUCUGAGCACAUGGCCAAGCAUGUUCGGAAUGAGGGUCCAGAUCGCGCUGGCAGAGAAGGGUGUGGAGUUCGAGUUCAGAGAAGAGGACUUGACCAAUAAGAGCCAACUCCUCUUGGAGAUGAACCCGAUUCACAAGAAAAUCCCUGUUCUCAUCCACAAUGGAAAACCGGUCUGUGAGUCUCUCGUAGCGGUCCAGUAUGUUGAAGAGUUCUGGAAAGACAAGAGUCCUCUCUUGCCCUCUGAUCCUUACCAGAGAGCUCAGGCUAGGUUCUGGGCUGACUAUGUUGAUAAGAAGAUCUAUGAUGCUGGGAGGAGAAUAUGGACCACAAAAGGAGAGGACCAAGAAGUAGCCAAGAAGGACUUCACAGAUUGCCUCAAGGUCUUGGAAGGAGCACUUGGAGACAAACCAUACUUUGGGGGUGAGGAAUUCGGGUAUGUCGACGUGGCGCUCAUCCCCUUCUACAGCUGGUUCUAUGCCUAUGAGACUUGUGGCAACUUCAGCAUAGAGGCAGAGUGCCCCAAGUUCAUUGCCUGGGCCAAGAGGUGUAUGGAGAGGGAAAGUGUGGCCAAGUCUCUCCCUGACCCCCACAAGGUUUAUGGCUUUGUUUUGGAGCUGAAAAAGAGAGUUGGGAUAUAAUGUGCAAGUGUUGCCAAGUUGGAUAAUAUUUUUUUGUGGUUGAGGUUGUGUUUGUGUGUGAAUUUUUGUAGUUUUCAGAUCUUGAGAGUUUGUGAAUGGGUCUUAUUAUUAUGUAAUAAAGAGGACACUUGCAUGUGUCCAUCCAAGUCUCCUCGAAACCCUGAUGUGCUUUCCAUCCCUGUCUUACCAAAAAAACAAAAAGAGGACACUUGGAUGUGCCCUCUGGAAUUUGGCUACAUGCCAUUGUAAUAGAAAUGUUCAUUAGUUAUUUUUCUGUUUGGUUGUAGAGAAAAUCUUGGCAGCAACCUCCUAUUAUUGUGAUUUCAGUUUUCAGU